AGCCUUUGCACUCGUCGCACUGCAUGCCGCUUUCAACAGGAUAACGACAACCCGGACGUUGGCAACUGCUUUUUUUACACUGUCCGGUCAUUUAGGAGGGGUUUUUUCAAUAUGCGAUGAUACCCAGAAACAAAAAAAUUAUCAAUGACCAAAAAAAGUGAAGAGCUGUAGAUUGCUAGGACCAAAAGUACUAACAGAUACAGUUGAAAAAGUGGUACUAAAGAGUACCAACGACAAAACAGUAAAAACGAUACUUUAGUCGAAUACUUUAACUGAAAUAAAUUCAAUUAAUGUGAAAAACAGUAGUCUUGAUACGUAAUAAACGAUCAAAACAAUGAAAUUUACUCAGCGAGGAAAAAUACCACUGUCCUUUUUAAAUAGCGCGCAAAAGGCUGAUCAAAUAUUGGACAUUUUUCGUGCGCGGUAUCCAGAACUUCCAACGUCCGUCCGAAGUGUUCUACGUCGAUGCAACGACGUGGAGCCUAAGAUCCUAGAUUCUGGAACGUAUUACCAUUUAGGAUUGAAAUCCAGUCUUUUGAGAAUUUCAGAACAUUGGCUUCGGCGAAUCCGUUUCAACGAAUUGCAGUUGCAGUUAAACUACGAUGGUCUAAGUUUGUUCAAAAGCUCUAACCAACAGCUGUGGCCGAUCCUAGGUCGCAUAGUAGCUCCACUAGUUAGUAGUGUUUUCGUACAUACGUCGACUGAAGGUGAUAAACCUUUGAGCGGUGAUAUACAUCACAUGUUCAGAAAUAUCCUAAAAGCGGUAACUGAACUAUCUAGCAAGAUGGACAGACUGAUCGCUGUAUGCGAACGCUUAGCCAUGGGUGUAAGUGAAAGACGUAUGGAAGAUACGGAUAGUGAUGCAGUCACUUUCCCAUUACGAACGCAUGACGAGUUGCGUUCUUUAGAGACAGCUUUAGAGAACAAAAAAUUCCUGGAUCAUUUCAUGGGAAGAUUAUACCAUCUACAAUGUGAUGAUCUUCGGAAAUCAGCAAAAGCCUGUCUGAAAUACCUCCUUUCUCCGGAACUGGCAAACACGUACACCUUGCACGGAACCAGAAGUAAAUUUGAUAUUAAUAAGUACAAAUUUUACUCGACGGUUCAAAGUGCUUUGUGUUCACAUUUCCGAAGUGCAAGCUGCCCGGAACAGGAAAUAAUACACGCCAUGGCUACAGCAAGCCAGGCCUUCUUGCAUGACGCAAGAGAUAAAGUACAUAAACGUGGAUGGCGAUCCAAAGAAAGGCUGGCUUUAUCAGACGUAACUAACAUUAUCAAUGACAGUUCUACGUCUACGUAAGGUGUUGCUGUUACAACGCAAUGAAAAACUUUGUACAAAUGAUUCAUUUGUAAUUUUAUCAACUGUAACAAACAUUUAUAUAUUUCAUAAUCGCGAUAAAUCGGUUAACAUUAGGUUUCAUUAGCAACGCGCGAUUGACGAAAAGUAAUAAAACAUCGCGGUAAGAAAUGUACGUAAGCAUUCUCCCUAGGUCUUCCGUGAUGUCGAUAGGCUUUCGUGAAGCUUUUGCGUUAAAACAGUUUUCCAGGAAAACCCAAAGGUUUGGGGAAGCUUCCACAAAAUGAUAUAGCUAUCGUGUUCGUUUCCCUUUCACCUGGCUUCGCAGGCUUUAACAGACGUAACCAUAGUUCUUUGUUCUUUUGUAUAUUCUUUUAUACUACUUACAAAAAUUCAGCAGUCAGUUGUAUUCCCAAUAACUGAAGUUCACUUUGGGGAUUUCCCCAAAGUUCCCCAGGUCUGGGGAAAUUUUAGAUUUUUUUUCUCAUUUCCCCAAAAUUUAUUAUAGCGGCUUCCACAAAAUGGACUCAAUUUUCCCAAAAGUUGGGAGCCUGGGAUACUUUAUGCUGAGAAUUUUAUAUUGUACCGAAAAUAUAAUAUUGAAUAAAGCUGAAAAAUAUAUACUGUCAUAAUGAAGAAACUUAUAUAUACAACGCAACAUCUUAUCGAAACGUCUAAACUGAUGCAGUACUAAAAGUUUUCGUAACUAAACGGGUACUUAUAAAGCAAACACUUAG